ACAAUGUGUUUGGCUGGAGAGAAAUCAGUAGAGCUGGGCUAACACAGUUUGCAGCUGGUCUCCUGUCUGAUUAUCACUCAGAUUAUACCUGGAACAGACCUUGAAUCCUUGGGCAUCUUCUACUCUGAUUGAUUCUUGUGCCGAGUCAUCACCAUGUCGGAUCCAUACAAGAAGUCCACCAACCCCUUCCUCAAAUCUUCCAGCAACAAAGGUAGCAUAUUUGGAGGCCAGAAACCAAUUGCUUCUUCUCAACUUUUUGGAGGAGUGUCCACAUCAACACCCAGCACCGUACCUUCAUUAUUUGGAGGAGCUGCUCUCGCUAAACCACCAGAUGCUGCUGCAAAGGAUGCUACUCCUGCCACCAUGGCAAUUUUCUCCAGCUCAUCUAACUUGAGUAAUCAGUCAACGUUCGGUAGUGUUAUGAGUGGUGGGGCUAAACCUGCUUUCAGCAACACUCACUCUCUGUUUGCAGCUUCCCCUCCAUCUGUCUUUGGAGGAGUUAGUCUUCCUACAGCCAAGACUACGAAUGUCUUUUCUGCAUCUUCCAAAUCUGUCACCAAUGUACACUCAUUGUUUGGCAAUGCACCCAGUUCUAUUAGUGACAAUAAGACAAACCCUUUCACUUAUAUCCGGCCACAGAGUAAUGAAACUUUAUCCUCGUCUAAAUCUCAUCCAACUUCAUCUUUUGGAUUAUUUUCUUCUAAACCUGCAAGUGCUGCAAUAAAUUAUCCACCUAAAAAUACCAGUAGCUCAUCAAAUACGAAUCCUUUCAGCCAUCCCGCGAGAGUCACAGAUCAUGGUGCUGGACCAAGCGAUUUCUCAACACAGAGCAAGGCACAAACUUUGAGUCAAGGUGAAGCUUUAUUCAAUACCAGUUACCAUAGCCCUCGUGAAAACCCCAGAUCUGAGCAAGGUUCUUCGGACUCAAGGCCGCUAUCUAAAGAUGCUACAAGCCAUGCAUCCACUGCGACUGACUUAGAUAGAAUAAUCUGUGGGACAUUCAACUCAUCUUCUCGUGACACUCUUGAAAAAUCCAAGCCGGAUGACAAAAUUCUGACACCAACUGCCCACAAGAUGACAGUAGCUACCGGCAUAAAGGAGGAUGCACCUACGUGCUUGUAUGACGAUAUUUUCGAUAUCCCUUUAUCUCCGCCAACACCUGUUGCAAGUAAUGUGGAAAAAAAGGCAUUAGAACCAACAACUAUAAUUUGCACAAGUAUCGCCGAAGGUUACUUGGAUAAAAAAAUAUUGAAAACUCACUUUGGAAAAUUUGGCAACGUUCUACGAGUGUCUCUUCAUUCGAAGGCCAAUCAAGCUCAAGUUAACUUUGAUUCUCACGAGAGUGCCUCUUUGGCCAAAAGAUCAGGUAAAAAGUUACACCCCAAUUUACCAGACAUGCAGAUUUUUUUUGGAACAGCUAUUAGAACCCGUUCAGAAGAUAAGCAGGAUAACAAAGCUAGACAAAGUAAAAACAACGCCGUUAAAUUUUUACGCCAGAACUCUAUUGAUAACCUUGAGAGAACUAGAAGGAUGUCCCAGGGAGCUGGUGAGGACUCCUCCAAGCUCUUCAAAGAAAAACCAAAACAAGACGAAAAACCGCUUGCGCGCUCGAGCCUCCAAAAAUUUAUGCCUUCACCCCGUUCUUCUGAAAGCACUUCUAGGCUGCCAAUGGAUGAGGCGACGCCUGCCAUCACUGCGACAAAUUUUACUGCACUUCGACAAGUGAGAGCCAACACUAGUCAAGACAAGUAUGCUUUGUUAGAGGCACGCGAUAAGCUUAUAAGGAAGCAGCAAACUAAAAUUCUCGAUGUGAAGAAAGCAAAGUACUUGUCUGCUACAUGUCCAGAUAUGUGCCCAGAGAAAGAGCGUUACAUGCGAGAGGUCCAGUACGACCUCAGUCCUUACGAAAUGACUUCUGAUCGCAAAGUGGAUCAUAAGCGAGCAGUGAAGAAGUUCUCUCGCAGCAGCGCUGACAAACACGAGCCUUUACCACAUGAACUGAGACCUGGUUCUGUCUUGAGGCUAACGAUGGAUUACCUCAUGUGGAACAUCUUGCCUGACAUGGAAGAUGACUCCAAUUGUGACAUGGAUCUGUGUUACAAUUAUUUAUGGGACAGGACGCGAGCAAUGCGCAGCGACAUAAUGCAGCAGCAUCUGCUGGACGAGUCUGCUGUUUAUGUCCUGGAGAGAUGCGUGAGAUUCCACAUCUACUGUACUGAGCGUCUUUGUCUUGAGCCGCCUGACGUAUUUGAUCCUAAAAUGAAUGCGGAGCAUCUUAGCAAAAGUAUGCACUCACUCAAGGAACUUUACCACGAUCUCUCAGAGAAUUCUAUAUAUGUUGAUUCUGAAGCUGAAUUUAGGGCUUAUGAAAUUCUGCUCGACGUUGACGACGGCAACAUUAUGUUUGCCUACUUACAUUUCCGCGAUUCUGUCAGAAAAUCACCUGAAGUUCAGUUUGCCGUUGAGAUUCUUCAUGCAGUCCAGAGCAACAACUUCGUGAGAUUUUUCCGACUUGUCAAGAAGGCUACAUUUCUUCAGUCUUGUAUUCUACACAAAUAUUUCAACAGAAUUCGGUCUAAAGCGCUUGUCAUCCUUACUAAAGCUUUGAAUGCCCCCAGCAAAUCCCAGUCCAUUUCUCUUGCCAAAUUAUGCCAUCUGCUACUGUUUGAGAACACCACUGAAGCUGCAGCAUUUCUUGCACAUCACGGCCUCUGCAUAAAUGCGUCUGGGCGCGUUGUUCUGGACCGCAAGUCUUUCAUUCCACGCCCCAUGGAAGCUGCACCCUUGAGUCGAGCUUAUCUCAUCGUGGGUGGAAAGAAAGAAGGCAGCUUAGGGGAGGAAAUCAACGGUGGGCCCUUGCCUCCUAACCCUCUCUUGUCUCAUGAGCCUUGCAGUAGCUUUUCUGCUGACAAUUUCCUUCUAGAAACUGCCUUCAGAGACGAAGUGAAGGAACAUGCUGUUAGUCGUCCCGUGUCAAAUCGCACGUUAGAUGAAUUGAGUGAUAAUAAUGAGAUAUCUGAAUAUGUUUAUAAAGACGUUUCUUCACCGCGUUCCCAUGAAAUAAAAAAUGACGCUGACAUUCCAGCUCAUUUCGGGGACGAUCAAGAUUCUCAGGCUCCUGACUCGAACGAUUUUUAUACUAAUGAAGAGUACUUUGAUUCUCCUGAUGAAUCUGAUAACCGUGCCGAAAAUACUUUUCCUCAAUGCAAUGCGGAUGAUUAUAGUGGGCUACCUGAUGAUGGCGAUGAAGUUUACGAUGAAGAUGAAGGCUAUGAGGCUGAAGACAAUGAUGCUGGUGUGCCAGGAGCUAUUCUAGUAGAUGACAAUUAUGAGGAACCUUCGUUAGACGCUUUCAAUAGCGUUCAUCAGAACAUGUUUGGCGAGAUGGCUGACACUAAAGUCGUGGAUGAUGCAGUCAGUUCAAUUCUUGGUGAAGCUCCUGAUUACAGCAAUGAAGAAAAAGUCAGGGAUUUCCGCACACGCAAGUUACGGCAGCAAUAUUUCAGCAGGUGGCUGCAAGUUGUCUCUGUCAGCAGGAAGAUUCGGGCGAUGGAGGAGCGCCUCUUGUGCCGCUGUGUUCUCAGGAAAUGGCGACUGUUCGUCGCUCGCCGAAAAUUAUCGAAGCAUCUUCAGCAGACCGUGCGCCAUAAGCUGAGUUCCAUGCGCGUCAAACGUUGCUUUGUUAGGUGGCGCCGUGCAGCGACUAUUGCCAAGUUGACCAAGAAGAAUACACAACGGAGAAGAGAUGCUUUGUCAUACAAGUAUUUUAAUCUUUGGUUGAAGAACAGCAAGAAGAGGAAGUGGCACAAGAUGCGUUUGGGUGACGGGUUCCCCGCAGCUCCGAGUCGUCUAUCAGUGACAGAACAGAACGACGUUUGGGCCUUCCAUUGUGCCAGCCUCAAAUGCCCGUACACGCGCCUGCAUGACAUCGAGCAAAAGUGGCAGCAAAAUCAACACAAAAUUGACUUGCUGCAAAAUUUAUCUGCUGGCAUCUGCAACGCUCCUUUACCAGUCCAGUCUUCGUUCCAGCAGUUCAUAGACUCCAAAAAUGUUCCACGUUCUUCUAAACCAAAGUUUUUCACAUUAGUUGUGUGCUUCCUUGACGAUGUCGAUGAAUUUGUUGCCAUCUGGUUUCGCAAGAAGUUCAACCCAACAGGCAACUACAAUCCCGUUCCCAUUAACUGUUCAUACAAAAUCUUCUCUCCGACUACUCAUACCCACCACAUCAUUCAGAUUGUCGAGUCCAAGCUCAGCAAUAUUUCUCGCAUAUCAGGCGUCUCUAGCAUUCUCUAUGUCGUAAACUCAAGUAAAACAGAAGCGCCAACUUCAAUGGCUAGAGCUCAAAUAAAUUCUCCAAAUAGCAAAUCAUUUGUUGUGAAUAGAAGAGAUUGUUCUUCUCCCCACACGUCUUUGGGGCUCAAGCACAGUCUACUGGAAUUGUAUAAGAACAGCACUCCUGUACGCAAACUUCUCCGAGGUCGCUUACCUCAGAUUGUGUCUAGUUUCAUUUCAAAGCAUGUGCUCGAAGUGGCAGCUGAGACUGAACGAUAUUGUGCAGAGCUUUGCUACGCUCCUCUGCCUGCACACUGCUACCACCUUCUGUAUCACCGCGCGCUGUUGUUCCUCCAAGAUACUUUGCUAGACGAACGAUUGCGUGGCCUGCAGUGGCAAGUGGUUUGCCCUGACACCCAGGAACACGUGAUACGAAUGGUGGAUGAACCACUACGCCGCACCAUGUCUGAUGCAUUGGAACUCUGUCAACUCUCCGCCAUACCCAGUCAUUCAUGGAGCACGUGGUCGGGUGCCUUAGAGGGACUGCUAACGUACAUUAAGUUUGAAUUUAGUGUUGGCCCGUCCUCUCCUGAAGCCGGCUUAAUUGAAGAUAUUAAAUUCCAAAUAAACCAAGCUAAACAAUUUGUCGUUGAGAAGUACAGCGUUGAUGACAGCGAUACUCUGCAAAGUGAAGUUUUGCUACCUUGGAAGAACAUUUACAGUUCCCUGAUCAUCCAUAAGGUAGGCAAACUUCCUGAUGUUGAUGUAGUUUGCUGUAGCGAGGAAAUUGACAACUAUGUUUGUGGCAAUGAUUGGUUUUUGUCACACCUUGUUCCGAUGAAAACUUUGCUGUCUCAGCUGUCAGCGUCAAAACGUAAAGCCUUGAACUCAGAAGAAGAAUCGACAGUGUCAAAGAAGGCUAAGCCAGACUUGGCGACUGUGUCUCUCUUCCAGAAAGAACUCGACCUCACUGUAAAGUUAGAAACCCAUUUGAAAGAGCUGAUUGAAGACAGAGAUGACGUUCCUCUUGUGACUCUCUUUCAAACUAACGACGGCGAACAGCAAGACAAUUGCUCCGAAAAUGAGGAUGCAGAUUCAGACACGUCGCUGUUGUGUUCAAUCGCUCAUGAAAAACAAAAGUACUCUGCGCUUGAGGAACGAUUGCGUAAAAUGGUUGGCUGAUUACCAAUAAAACUGGCAGUGUCGGGUAGGGGAUGCUCAAAUUUGAAGCGAAUUGAAUAAAAAUCACUACUAUAUUGAUAUCACAUGGAGCUCUUUGUAUCACAUGGAGCUUUAUUUAUGGAGCUCUUUGUAUUACUGAAAUUGCUUUUACGACAUUAAAUUACUACCAUUGAUAAUUCUGUGAGACGUUGUCUUUACUUUAAGUGCUGCAGGCGUUGUACUCUAAUCCGCAUGUUAAUUUAAUUAGUAUUGUGUUCUCGUAUGUACACACUUUUUUUUUGUAUUCUCGUUUCGUACUUAAUCUUAUCUGUAGUUCUAUGCUAUGUAAUCCUGACGUAAUUUUACGAUGAGAUAUCUUAUCUCUUUGGCUGGCUUGCUAAGGGCCUAAUGGUUGUAUAAAUUUUUGUUUUAUUUAAUCACUCAGUUUGCGUACAAUAUCCAUCAAAAAUUGUGCAACCAUUUCACAUAGGUCACCCGGCACCUAAUUGUUGGAAUUUCUUGUGUUUUCAAAUUUUGUAUUAGUAAAUUAAUUUUUCUUUCGGAUUAUGUCAGCAAUUUUGAACCUGCUGCCUUCAAUAUAUAAUAGCAUUAAAGUUUUUCGUUGUGGCUGGCCAAAAACCGUCAUCAGAUGAAUUCUUUUAACUCGAUUCUGUUUCGUUAAAACUUUGAGCAGUGUGCAUGAAAAUGAGCUAGAAACUUUCUAGAUAAAUAUAGAAAGUUCUAGAUUUAUCUGUGUUUAUCUAAGCCUGUGUUAAAUAAACUACUAUCAGCUAAGAGCACGUGUAACCCAAUGCUCGUUUAUUCAAAUAACCUCGCCAAGUGCUCGUGUACUUUAUGAAUGAGUUUAGAACUUAUCAUUAAUCGGAAAAACUUGAUAUAAUAUCGUUGUAAUCGACCGUAAAAUAUUUCAAGUUGGGAUCAUGUCUCUGGAUUGUUUUCUAAUUCUUGUAUGAUUUCCUGUCUGAGUCAUAAUGACUUCGUAGAACGAGAUUGUGGUAAGACAUAUAGGAUUAAUAGGAACAUUUACGAGGCAAUACGCAAGAUCAAUAUCGCUGCUUAUCACAGUAGUGAUUUACGCGGCAAGGCCAAAGUGUGUCUAAUAAACUGUUUAUAGUGCCGAACAGUUCGGUACUCAAAAAUCUUUGAAGUUCGUUCACAUUAGUGUAUGCGUAUUAAAAAUUCAUUAAGAGUUGUUUUAUGUGUUUCAGCUGAGCCUACUUUCCAUCCAGAUCUGAAUAUUUAACGGACGUUUGACUUCAGUAGUUGUUAAUAACGUCUUCCAAUUCAAUUAAUUAUGCUAUACUCGAUCACGUGCUUUUGUAAAUAAUUGACGUAACUCGUAUGCGCCUGAUGCUUAAUUGUGACAAAGCUGGCAUUUUUCUCUCAUCGUUGCGACUCUAGCAAAUAUUUUUUCCGGAAUUUAUGGGCAAACUACGUAUGUAUACAAUGCAAGAACGAUCAUAAUUUUCUUUCGAUACUUUUUGUAUCAAUUAUUGUGCAGUGUGAAUGUGUUUAGUAAACAUUGAAAUAUUG